UGUGCAGACUUGAUACAACCCCCUCACCGUAUAUAUAUGCGGUCAGUCCUUGCCAUCACUCACUGACAGCUGACGGCAGUGCGCGGCACAGUCCAGGCAUGCCGGUCUUGAAAUGGGUCGUGCGCGGCCGGGCGAGAUUCUGGCUAAGUUCUGGCGGCAUCGUCAUGUGGGCGGCGGACGCAAGGGAUCCUGGCACAACACACGAUGCUGCUCCGCUCAGGGCCCUCUGCCAGGUCGUCGAGCCCACCGUGAUGAUGGAAAGAGGACGAACCGCAUCGGCCAGCCACAGGCGCGGAAAUCGGGGCGCGAGAUCUCAUCUUUAGCGAGCUUCGCGCUGCUUCGACGUCUUGUCGACACA